CAGCUGCAGUCAGCACUUGACAAAAACAUUAAAAUUUCAGAAAAAUUAUAAAGAAAAUAUAGUAAAGUUCUGAAAAAUCAUAUUAAAUUUUAACAGAAUGCUCUUAAUGCCUUAUGAUUAUGUUGAGAAAUUCAUGGAAAUUUUUAAAUUCUAUUUGGCUUUUGUUAAUUUCAUCGAUGUGGUAGUUCCCAAUCAAAAUCGUAGUUUGUGGACGCGUGAAGAAUUCCGACAGAAUGAACGCGAAUUAUAUAGUUUAUACAAUGAUCUAUUGGAAUUAAUAAAACAGCAUAAUAGUCGUGAAUUUCGCAAGUUUACGCGCAUAAAUGUCUCCACCUAUCAGUACUUAAUACGCAUUUUAAAAAAGAAAUUGGUUAAGUACUCUUUGCGUAAACCCAUACCGCCAGAAUGUCGUCUAAUGUUGACGUUAAUCUAUUUAGCCCACGAUUCCGCUAGAACGUUAUUAUCCUUGGCUUUUCGUAUGGGUAAGUCAACGGUUAGAGAAAUUAUAUUGGAUACUUGCCAGGUUAUAUGUGAGGAAUUGGGACCGUCGUACUUAAAAUCCUCUAAAUCAACUGCCGAUGACUAUUUUGCUUGGGCGGAGGAAUUUGAAAAGGAAACCGGUUUACCCAACUGUAUGGGAUGCAUCGAUAUUAUAGAAUUUCAACAUGAUAAGAAAUGCUUUUCUCCUAUUAUUACAAUGGCGGCCUGUAAUGCUAAAUAUCAAAUCACCCAUGCUGAUGUGGCUCUACCCAAAGAGAUUAAGGAAAAGGAUAAUUUCAUUAAUCGUUUAAUACAAAAACAAUUACAAUUACCCAAUGAUAUGGUGAUGCCCGAUACAGGUUUAAUGUUGUCGCCCUAUUUCAUAACCCCUGCCAAUUUUCCUUUGGUUGACAAUGUCAUGAGGCCUUAUCCGGGUAAAAUUUUAACGCCAGAAAAACAUAAUUUAAAUGAAAACUUAAAAGUGGGUUCACGAUUAAUAGAAAAUACAUUGGGUAUUUUGAUUUGGAAAUGGAAGGUGUUGCAGAACAAAUUCACUUGCCGCAUGGACAUUGGAGUGGAACACAUAGUCAAAGCCACCAUGAUUUUACACAACUUUGCCAUGCAACAUGAUUCAUGUUAUUUUCACAAGAAAUUUGUCGAUCAUUAUGAUGAUAAUUCAUUGGAAUUUGUGCCUGGGUUAUGGCGCCAACAAGAUUUUCAAAUAACGCAUUCAAAGAUCUACUAUGAAAGUAAUGCUAAAGAAGAAGCAUUUGCUAACCGAGAUUUAUUAAAAGAAUAUUUAUAUAAUAAACAUAAUAAUCAAUAAAAAAUGAAAAAAAUCUUUAAAAAA